AUGACAGCGCGUGUAGACAGUCACGCGCUGGGCCGACCGGGUCGCCGCAAAGCCCACCUGCUCGAAUUGCAUCUUAUACAAAGCCGAGUGCACCACCGGCAAGGGGAGGCGCAAGCCGAACCCGCCGGCAAAGGUGCGCGCAGCCGCCCUCCAACAUCGUCAACAGGAGCUGCGAUAUACGACGUGAGUCGGAUUCCCAAAGACUUGACAUUUUCCAACGCAGCUGACGUCUGUUGCCGUAGAGCAAACACGGACAGGACAGACGACCGCCUGGCCAGGAUAGAGAAACAGCUGGAGCAGCUCAUUGCCAUGCAGGCUUCCAGACCGCCAGAUACAACCGGUUCGUGGUCAUCGUCCCAGUACGAGCAGGGCGGCGACAGUGCCAUCACGCUGUCCGAUGCCGAUUUUGACGUCGCAUUCCCGUUCCGUGACCCCAUGUUCGACUCGACGUCGACAAAGUUCCCCUGGGCCGUGGACCUCGCGCCCAAGGACGAGCUGCCGCUCCCGCCCCAGCCCGACAUCAUGCCCAUUGUCAACCACUACUUUGACACCUUUGCGCCCAUCAUGCCCCUGUUCGACCAGGAGUCCUUCAUGUCCAUGCUCAACCAGUCGUACGUGGACCCGUCGACGCGCAACAAGGCCUCCUGGGCUGCCAUCCAAGUCGUGCUGGCCAUUGCCCUGCGCACGCCCGUUCCCGAGUUGUUGAACGGCAGCGGAGGCUCGGACCGGCACCACCGGGCAAACUUCUUCCUCAAGAACGCCCAGUCCGUCGUGUCCGACCUGGUGACUAGAGACAAGGACCUGCUGGGUCUACAGGUCCUGCUCGGCAUCGUCAUGUUGUUCCAGAACAGCAGCGACACGGGCCCGGCGAGCGUCGUCAUCGGCACAGCCAUACGACUGGCUCACAGAAUGCGCCUGCACUCUAGAGAACAUGCCAAACUCUACUCCCCCGACGAGAACCUGCAGCGGCAACGCCUGUUCUGGAUUGCCUACGUGCUGGACAAGGACAUCUCUCUUCGCAUUCAAGUCCCAUCCGUCCAGCUGGAUAGCGACAUCGACAUCGAUGUGCCGCCCGCCAAAUCCACCGACGACAUCGGCGUCUUCUGGACAAAGGACCGCCAGACCUACUUCAACUACCACAGGUCCAUGGUCCACCUCGCCCAGAUCCAGGGGCGCGUAUAUGACUGGCUUCACUCAAACAGCUCUGCCAAGAUGUCCCGCCAGGCGCGGCAGCAACGCGUGCAGCAGCUAGACCGCAUGAUCACCCACUGGUACAGUACGAUACCGGCUGCCUUCAACAUCGACAAUUUAGACGCGUCUAUCGGUGAGUAUGCAGUGAUACACAUGACCAAGAUGUAUCAUGUAUACCUGCUCGUCCUCGUCAUGACGUACGGCAUCUACAGCCAGGACUCAAAUUGGGUCCAGGCAAUUCGGUCCGGGGACCGCAACGCGAUUCGAAACCUGGCGUUGGGUACAGAGCGCCACGAUUCCGACGCCGCGUCACAAAAGCAAGUCAGGUUGCUACCGGGGAGCUGGCACAAAGUCGUGCAAGUGAGCCGAGGCUGUUUGCGACUCUUCGACCAGUGCAUACCGACAGAGUGUCUCAUCUGGCAAUGCUCCUGUCCUCACUUCUCGGGAAUGAUGGUCCUCCUGGCGAACCUCUUCAUUGAACCCACACACCCGGAUGCCCUGUCAGACGGAAUCUUGUCUGCGCGCGCAAUUCAGCUCUUUGAUACGAGUUUCCUCGUCAUCAACGAGGCCAAAUCUCAGGGUGGUGACAACCCAGGCGACGCUUUGGAGGCAAACUUGAUGAGUUACGGAACAGUUGAUGGGGAUCCAUGGAGCUGGGCAGCUGCUCUUCCGGGAAGGAUGGAACUUUUUUCCGAUACGAGGGAUGGAGAUGGAGACAGUCUUGGGGUCCUGCCGUUAUGUAGAUGA